GCAACAGCAUCUACAUCGUUUUCGCAUGUUCCGCUUUAUUUUCAACGAGAUAUAAUAUCUCGAUACUCCGAAAAACUCUCGAAUUAUCCGUUUUCUUUCACUAUUUAUUGAAUCAUUCAUGGAUGAAAUAAAAUUGAUCGGACUCAUGUAUUUGCUGUCGUUUUGUAGUCAUCUUAGUGCGCUUCCGAUAAAUGUAACCUCUGAGAUAAGUAUGCUCAUUAAGAGAAUAAUAUGGACUAGUCGGAAUCAGUCAAACAUUUCUCUCGAAUUCAAUCCUAAUGCCAUUCUCAACACACCGGAAAUGAUAAGAAAAGCGGGUUAUCCUACGGAAUCUCAUGUUAUAAUGACGGAAGACGGCUAUCUCUUGACGUUACAUCGUAUCCCAGGUGGCAACGAUUCCUUACCCGUGCUGCUGCAGCAUGGUUUUUUAAGCAGCUCCGCUGACUGGAUUGUUCUUGGCAAAGGCAAAGCAUUAGCUUACUUAUUAGCGGAUCAGGGAUAUGAUGUUUGGUUAGGCAAUUUUCGAGGCAAUACAUACUCGAAGGCGCAUAUUUUCCUGUCUCCCUUGAAUUCAACAUUUUGGAGUUAUAGCUUUCACGAAAUGGGCAUCUAUGAUUUACCCGCGAUGAUUACAUUUAUCACGAAUAUGAGAUCCCAACCAUUGCACACAUAUAUUGGUCAUUCUAUGGGCACAACUAGUUUUUUUAUAAUGGCAUCAGAGCGUCCGAAAAUCUCUAAAAUGGUGCAAAUGAUGGUCGCUCUCGCGCCAGUAGUUCUCAUAAAGCACAUGCAGAGUCCGGUACAAUACUUGAAUCUAAUUAGAAGUGAAAUUAAGACAGUGAUGAGAUUGCUCUUCCACGAUGAAUUCUUCCAAAGUGACAUUGUGAGAUUUCUUUUGAAAAAAAUCUGCCUUCGCAAUAUUAGUCUCGCAGAGAUCUGCUCCAAUUUCAUGUUUAUAAUCUGGGGUGAUGAUCGCGAACAGUUUAACAAUACUCUACUGCCUGUCAUCUUGAAUCAUUUCCCAGCCAGCGCCUCGACUAAAACGCUACUGCAUUACGCCCAAAUAUUUGAUUCGGACAAGUUUCGCAAAUACGAUUAUGGUCGCGUGAAAAAUUUGUUGAUCUAUAAUUCUAUAGAUCCACCGAAUUAUGAUUUGUCGAAUAUUACAGUGCCGAUUGCGUUGUCUUACGCCGAUAAUGACUGGUUUAUUAGCAUAGAGGAUGUGAAAAGAUUGUACCAUUUACUGCCUAAUGUAGUGGACAUGUACGAAGUGCCAUGGCCCAAAUUCAAUCACUUAGAUUUUAUAUGGGGCAAAGAUGCGUCAAAACUCGUAUACGACAGGAUUCUCAAGAUUAUGAGAGGCAAAAAUCCAAAGAAUGUUACAUCAGUGAAUAAUAUUGUUAACAAUCAAAAUUAAAGAUAAAUGUAACACGCUAGAGCUCUUUACUAGUAUUGAUGAUUGUAAUAGUUCAUUUAAUA